AUGAAUUUGAUGACUCAUCGUUCCGUGCAGGCACUGCAGAAUGGGGGUUACCCUGCACCGCCUCCCAUCGCCCGCCCUGCACCGCCUCCCAUCGCCUGCCCUGCACCGCCUCCCAUCGCCUGCCCUGCACCACCUCCCAUCGCCCGCCCUGCACCACCUCCCAUUGCCCACCCUGCACCUCCUCCCAUCGCCCGCCCUGCACCGCCUCCCAUCGCCGCCUGCACCCUCCACUGCCCGCCCUGCCCACCCCAUCGCCCGCCCUGCACCGCCUCCCAUCGCCCGCCCUGCACCGCCUCCCAUCGCCCGCCCUGCACCGCCUCCCAUCGCCCGCCCUGCACCGCCUCCCAUCGCCCGCCCUGCACCGCCUCCCAUCGCCCGCCCUGCACCGCCUCCCAUCGCCCGCCCUGCACCACCUCCCAUCGCCUGCCCUGCACGCCUCCAUCGCCUGCCCUGCACCACCUCCCAUCGCCUGCCCUGCACCGCCUCCCAUCGCCUGCCCUGCACCGCCUCCCAUCGCCCGCCUGCACCGCCUCCCAUCGCCCGCCCUGCACCGCCUCCCAUCGCCGCCCUGCACCGCCUCCCAUCGCCCGCCCUGCACCGCCUCCAUCGCCGCCCUGCACCGCCUCCCAUCGCCCGCCCUGCCCGCCUCCCAUCGCCGCCCUGCACCACCUCCCAUCGCCCGCCCUGCACCGCCUCCCAUCGCCCGCCCUGCACCGCCUCCCAUCGCCCGCCCUGCACCGCCUCCCAUCGCUCGCCCUGCACCGCCUCCCAUCGCCCGCCCUGCACCCCUCCCAUCGCCCGCCCUGCACCGCCUCCCAUCGCCCGCCCUGCACCGCCUCCCAUCGCCGCCCUGCACCGCCUCCCAUCGCCGCCCUGCACCGCCUCCCAUCGCCGCCCUGCACCGCCUCCCAUCGCCCGCCCUGCACCGCCUCCCAUCGCCGCCCUGCACCGCCUCCCAUCGCCUGCCCUGCACCGCCUCCCAUCGCCGCCCUGCACCGCCUCCCAUCGCCUGCCCUGCACCCCUCCCAUCGCCUGCCCUGCACCACCUCCCAUCGCCCGCCCUGCCCCGCCUCCCAUCGCCCCUGCACCGCCUCCCAUCGCCUGCCCUGCACCGCCUCCCAUCGCCGCCCUGCACCGCCUCCCAUCGCCCCCCUGCCCGCCUCCCAUCGCCGCCCUGCACCGCCUCCCAUCGCCCUGCCCUGCACCUGGCCUCCCAUCGCCUGCCCUGCACCGCCUCCCAUAGCUGACUCCAUUGCCCCUGCACCACCUCCCAUGCCCACCUGCACUCCCAUUCCGCAGUAA